UUAUAAUAUUAAACGAGAGCUGAAUUAAAAUCAAGCAAGAAAAUAUUAAAUCACUAUAAUCAUGGCAAAACGACAGGUGCAGAAGGAGACCAGGAGUCAACCACAUUUCUUACAGUUCAACAACCUCGCGUGCGAAACAGCUGGAGGAAAGGUGAUAUUUGCCACAGAUGAAUGGUUUGCCCCUGCUAGAAAUCUUUUGAAGAGAGAUCCUCCUGAAUUCAUAGCCUCUGCAUUUACUGAAUUCGGGAAAUGGAUGGAUGGCUGGGAAACCAGGAGAAAAAGAAUUCCAGGUCAUGACUGGUGCAUUGUGCAGUUAGGAGUUCCAGGAAUAAUUCAUGGAUUUGAUGUGGACACAUCCUUCUUUACAGGGAACUAUGCCCCAUUUGCCUCCAUUCAAGCCACGUGUCUUGAUCAGAUGCCAUCGAUCGCUCUUGAAGGAGAUCGUACCGGCAUGGCAGCUUCACCAAGCCAGUUUGAAGCUGUGGCUCAGCUUAACUCAGACAGCUGGAAGGAAGUUGUCCCGGUGACAAAGCUGAAGGCGGGGUACUCUGACACAUGCCACAACUACCUGAGUGUCUCCUACCCACACAGAGUAACCCAUAUCCGCUUCAACAUAUAUCCAGAUGGUGGCAUUGCAAGACUAAAGGUUUAUGGCAUUGGGAAGAAGGACUGGUCCAGUGUGUUUGGUCAAGACUUGGUGGAUCUCGUAGCCUUGGUCAAUGGUGGCGUAUGUGUUGGCUUCAGCGAUGCCCACUAUGGGCACCCACGCAAUAUGAUUGGUCUGGGAAUGGCUGAAAACAUGGGUGAUGGGUGGGAGACGGCCAGACGUCUUGAUCGGCCCAGAGUUUUAAAGGAGGAUGAGAACGGCAUAUUGCAAGUGCCAGGGAGUGAGUGGGCCAUUUUCAGAUUAGGCCAUCCUGGCAUUAUAAGUAAAAUUGAGCUGGACACCAACCAUUUUAAAGGCAAUUUCCCAGACUCCUGCAGGAUUGAGGCUUGUAGUUUGACAGAGGAUGAGGAAAACAGCUUCAUUCAGAGUCAGUGGAGCUCAGACAGGAGCCCCAUGUGGAAUAUUCUACUUCCUCCUCAAAAAAUGAAGGCCCACCACAGGCAUGUGUUUUCUGGGCCAUCACUGGUGCAUUGUGGGCCUGUGUCUCAUGUGCGGAUGGUCAUUGCUCCUGAUGGAGGCAUCAGCAGACUCAGAAUCUGGGGCCGACCGGUGUCCAGUCAUCAGAUGAUCUCUAAACUGUAACACACAGUUAAAAUAUCCUCAAGAUUCAAUGACACUUACUGCUUUAUAACAGAUUAAAGCAUGUAAUUGUGUUUUAAAGGGAUCAUUCACCCAAAAAUUCAAAUUCUCCUAAUUUUUUUAAGCUCCACUUGUUUUAAACACGCUUGAGUUUCUUUUUUUGUUGUUGGACAAAAAUGAAGAAGUUAGAAAUUGGUAACCAUCGACUUCCAUAUUAUGUUUGUUCUACUAGGGAUGUCAGUGGCUCUCUACUUUGAAUAUUCUUCAAAAUAUCUUCAUUUGAGUUCACCAGAAUAAAAAAGAAAGUCAUAAAUGGUUGGAGCAACUUGAGGAUGAGUGAAUGUUAAUUUUUAAGUGAACAGUUCCUUCAAUAACAUCUCUGGAGACACCAUGUUUCAAGAUUAAACUUUGCACUUACCUAAUAAGCCUUGCUGUGGUACAGUUUGUGAAUUUAUUGUCACAACACUGUCAUAAAUGAACAAUAAAAGAAAAACCCAA